UUUGUCUGUGUGUGUGUGUUGGGGGGAGCGGUUGGACAAAAAGAAAGAAAAAAGAAAAAGUCUACAUCAACUUUAAGCAGCCCUCGCCCGGAGGAGAUGGACAUACACAAAAUGAGGAUCGCGGCUGCCGAGUUUUACCGGAAGAACGGAGUUCCGGCGAUAAUAGAGAGGGCUCUGAAUGAGCUCUUCCUCCGGCAGCCCGCAGACGUUCAUGGCUACCUGGCUAAUUUCUUUUUGGAACUGUCUACACCACCAAGGAUCAGUAAUCUGAGAGGAAGAGAGGUUUUUUCAGAAAAUGGACAGCUUAUCGUUGAGGUGGAGGUUUUCAGCAUCGUCUGUAACAGAGAAAAGAGCAUGUCAUCAGCAGCCGUCGUAAGUCACUUUGCACCAGUGGGAACUGGAGAGAGUCAGAGGAGCUCAGAUCAUGUGGAGACCGCUCUUCAGUGGAUACAUGAACCGUUCAGGAACCUGCUACUGAACCAGAACCCGUGCGAUCAAGCUGAAAUUGAUCAAAUGCUGAGCGAUUUCUUCACGUCCUACCAAGAGGAGGAGAAAGCAAGGCGUGACAAGCUGAAGGCUGAAGCCAGCGAGCUCGAAGCACCGGCUCGCACACCGCCAGCAAUGUCAUCAAAGGACAAAAAGAGCACCGGUAAAGGCAAAAAGAGCGUUGUUGACGAGAAGCAAUUUCCUCCAGCAGAGCCACCAGAGCCAGUUCUGCUGGAAGGCAUGGCUGUCGGCUCGGUGUCCCUGGCUGUAGCUAAAUCUGGGGCAAAAAUAAAGGGAAUGCCUCUUUACAAAUAUAUAUCAGCUCUGAAGAAUCAAAAGGAACCGGCACAUUUUCAUGUUCCUGUCCCCUGGAUCAGUCUGCUCAGCUGUGGGAAGAAAUCCCCUGGGAAACUAUGCUUACUGGAAGAAAUUAUUCUCAUCUCCAAAGUGGGACAUCCAGUCAAACAGAGUGUCACGUUGGCCUGUGAGUUACAGAAGGAGAUGAUGAGACUGAUGAGCAUGUCAGGAAAAGGCGGGAUCACCCUGUCCUCGGUGUCGCACAACGGAGUGCUCACAGCGAGUUGUGAACGACCCGAACAGCCUCUGGAUCUCAUCAGUAAUGCCUGCACCAACCUUAAAGUGCCACUGGGAGUUGAUGUCUUUCUGGCUCUGAACUGUGCUGCCCCGAAACUUGUGGACUAUUCUAAGGGAAAGUAUGAAGUAGCAACAGGAGGUCUGAAGUCUCCGGAUGAAUUGAUCGAGGUGUAUCACAACCUCAUCAGCAAAUACCCGGCAGUGGUGGCCGUGAUCGACCCUUUUAGGAGAGAAGAGGCAGAGCAAUGGAAGAAACUCAGCAAUAGGAUUGAGAUUUCAUGUUCACUGCUGUCUGACAUCACACACAAACCACAGGCUCCAGCUCUGCCAGGAGUCCAUGGUUAUGUCUUCAGACAUGCCAACGAGACAACGGUCAGCGACAUCAUCCAUGCUACAUUCUGCUACCAAGGUUCAGUGGUGUUGGAUACGAUGCUCAGUGAAUCCAGCACUGACGGGUCCUUUGCAGACUUAGCUGUGGGGCUGGGGCUGGACUAUGUCAAACUGGGAGGUCUGGGUGGCGCUGAGACGAUGGCUAAAUACAAUCGCCUAAUAGCAAUAGAAGAAGAACUGGCCCAACAAGGACUUCUGGUCUGUAAGGAACCGCCGCUCUUCAGUGAAAAGCCAAAGGAGCAGCCGGUUACAGCAGAGGAAACCAUAUGACUCAGCCAACAGCCCGGCCUGUUUAAACAAGCCUUGAAAACCUGCUGCACAAAUCAGUCCCAGUUUUCCUGCUGUUGUUACUUGUGAGCACUAAUACAGCUCACUCAGUGGUCGGCAUUAAUCUGAAUGUUCUUUUAGCCUUUUUAUUUUUAUUUUAGCCUAGAUAUGAAACUCAAUCCAAACCACUUCUGAUAAAGCAAGAGUGGAAAACAUCUGUUUUAUUCAUGUGUUCAAUGAAAGACCGCACAAAAUGUUCAAGCAUAUCAACAGCCAAUAAACUGUAAGUGAAGAGUGAAGAUAGAAAAUAGCAGUUCAGUUCUUUUUGGAAACAUAAUUUAUGAAUUUAUUUUGCAGCAAAUAAAAACAUGUUAUGAUUGAGGUUAAAAUUA